AUGAUAGGAAUGGACGAAACCAAUUAUGAGAAUGACCUAUAUGAUGGCGGUUACUUGGAUACGUUCCGUACACUUGAUUUUUCCUCUGCGGUCGUCAAGGGACGGGAACUUAAUUAUAGUUCUGGCAUUUGGGAUUUGGUGAGCAUUGACCUAUCUUUCAACCAAUUAACUGGGGUAAUCCCAGAAGAAAUAGCUGCUCUUGAUGCAUUGAUAAACUUGAAUCUAUCGUGGAACCAAUUGAGUGGGACAAUCCCAAAUAAUCUUGGGGCCUUGCAGGCUUUGGAAUCACUUGACCUCUCAAGGAACAUGCUUUCUGGCAGAAUCCCUCCGAGCCUGUCAGAUUUAACCUACUUGAGCUACUUGGACUUGUCUGAUAACAAUCUAACAGGAAGAAUACCAUCAGGACGGCAGCUUGACACCCUCUACACACAGGAACCUUCUAUGUACAGCGGCAACAGUGGUCUUUGUGGGCUUCCUCUUCCAAUCAGUUGCCUGGGAAAGAAUGCAACAAGGCAAGAUGAUCAAAAGAGUAAUGAACAUUCCUUUGAGCCAAUGACCUUUUAUUUUGGACUCGCUCUGGGAUUUAUUUUGGGUCUCUGGGUGGUGUUUUGUGCCUUGUUGUUUAAGAGAGCAUGGAGGACUGCUUAUUUCUGCAUGAUUGACAAGACAUAUGAUCAGAUGUAUGUGUUUGCCGUUCUUACAUGGAAAAGCUGGGCUAGAAAGGGAACUACAAAUUGA